AUGAAGCAUGAUAUUGAAGUAACCUCAGAUUUUCAAUGCAAUGAGAAGCCUGUAAAAGGUACAGUGAAAUGGAGCCACAUUGAAGCAUUUUAUCAGUUGGACAAAACCAACCCCAAUUUAGUUUAUGCUCCUCAACUGACAGAUAAUCAUUUGCGUCCAAAUUGUCAGCAGAAAAUGAGAGUAAAAUUAGCAGCACAAGUGUUUAGCCACUCUGUUACAACUGGCAUGUUAAUGAAAAUUGCUCAAAAUGAACUUCCGGCCGAAGCCCAUGUGACAGCAACUUUCGUGCAAAAGUUUGACGAGCUGUUUGAUGCUGUCAAUGCAGACAGUUAUCUUAAUCAUAAGUUCAGUCUAGAACAAUAUGUUGCUUCAUUAUCGAAGCGUCCGGAGCGCUAA